UUUGCAAAGUUGAGGACGGGCAAGCAUCCGAAGUUAGGCGUGCGAGGAGGCUGUGCCCCCCUUGCACAGACAGACGGACACACGCGCAGGCAGGCAGACACGCGGACGCACAGGCACACGCACACACGGCCCUGCCCGGCCCUGCGCUGGGAGCGGGUGCAGCCCCGGAGGCGAUCCUGGAGAACAACCUUUCCCUGUCGCUGUUGCCAGCUCCCGCCGGGCUGGACCCGGGGAGCUCCGUGCCGGAUCAAACCUCUCCCAAAGGGCUGAGCUCGCCAGCCUGGUGCCUGCAGCCGGAGCCGGCCUCCGGCUUGGCGGGCAGAGGCCAGGUGUCCUGGAACAAGUACGGCCCGGGGACAGACUGGAUGCCUGGCGGCAGGCAGAAGGUCUGCGAGCAGAUGAGCUCCGAUGUCCGCGACCUCAACGCGCUGCUGCCCUCCGUGCCCUCUCUGCCGGGCAACAGCAACUGCACCAUGCCGGUGAGCAGCGCGGCGCAGUGGGCUCCCGUCCUGGACUUCCCCCCGGGGGCCUCCUACGGCUCGCUGGGGGCGCAUUCCUUCAUCAAGCAAGAGCCGAGCUGGAACGGGUCGGACCCGCACGAGGAGCAAUACUUGAGCGCCUUCACCGUCCACUUUUCCGGUCAGUUCACGGGCACGGCCGGGGCUUGCCGCUAUGGGCCCUUCGGCGCCCCGCCGCCCAGCCAGCCGCCCUCCGGCCAGGCGAGGAUGUUCCCCAACGCUCCCUACCUGCCCAACUGCCUGGAGAGCCAGCAAGCGAUCCGCAACCAGGGUUACAGCACCGUGGCGUUUGACGGGACCCCCAGCUAUGGCCACACGCCGUCGCACCACGCCGCCCAGUUUACAAACCACUCCUUCAAACACGAGGACCCCAUCAGCCAGCAGCCUUCGCUAGGGGAACAGCAGUACUCGGUGCCUGCUCCUGUGUACGGCUGUCACACCCCCACCGACAGCUGCACUGGCAGCCAAGCCUUGCUCCUCCGGACCCCUUACAACAGUGACAAUUUGUACCAAAUGACCUCGCAGCUUGAGUGCAUGACAUGGAAUCAAAUGAACUUGGGAUCCACGCUGAAGGGCCAUACGGCAGGAUAUGAAAAUGAGAACCACAGUGCUCCCAUGUUGUACAGCUGUGGGGCCCAAUACAGAAUACAUACCCAUGGAGUUUUUAGAGGCAUACAAGAUGUCCGACGGGUGCCAGGAGUAGCUCCGACUAUUGUCCGAUCAGCAAGUGAGACAAAUGAAAAACGUCCCUUCAUGUGUGCGUACCCUGGCUGCAACAAGAGAUACUUUAAGUUGUCCCAUUUACAGAUGCACAGCAGAAAGCACACUGGUGAAAAGCCUUAUCAGUGUGAUUUUAAGGACUGUGAACGAAGAUUUUCUCGUUCAGACCAACUCAAACGCCACCAAAGACGACACACAGGUGUGAAGCCCUUCCAAUGUAAAACCUGUCAGAGAAAGUUCUCCAGAUCUGAUCAUCUGAAGACUCAUACCAGGACUCAUACAGGUAAAACAAGUGAAAAGCCUUUCAGUUGCCGGUGGCCCAGCUGUCAAAAAAAAUUUGCCAGGUCUGAUGAAUUAGUUCGUCAUCACAACAUGCACCAGAGGAACAUGACUAAGCUGCAGCUGGCCCUUUAGGCAGUCCAAACAAGUGAAUAAACCAGUGGGACAUUAUGAGCUAUUGCAAACUUUAUCAGCCAUCUUCGAUCACCUCUGUCAGAAAGCCGCAUCUGUCUUCGCAUCCCAUUUGACACAAGUUAACUGAACUGUAGGAUUCUGCUCAGCCUUGUCUUUCAUUUGGACUUACACAAGUUCCCAUUCAAUAAGUUCAAGAGAUUUUUAUUUGUACUUUUGUUAAAAAGUAAGCAAGGUUGCCACAGUUAUAGAAUACUAUAAGCUAUGCUUAACCUUUCUCAUCUGUCUCUAGUUUUCUGGUUUUAUUUUCACUUGAAGUUUUCUAGGUGCAAAGUCUUGUGCCUUUUUAAGUCCUACAGUGGGUGGGUGGAUCCUCCCUGUUGAAGGUAAGCUUUAUGCUUACUUCAUCUGUGCAUACACUGAGGUUUCCCAAUGCUAGUACAGCUAUCCUCACAAAAUGAGAUGGACCAAUCACCUGAGAUACUUCAGGUAAACUUUGUACUUGUACUACCAAAGGGCAAGUUUUUUAAAUUGGAAAAUCAGCUUUUGAAUUUCACAAAUCAAACGUUUUUAAAGGACAUAUUUCUAGAGCAGCUAAAGAUAGAUGACCCAGAGCCUCUCUGUACAGAAAAUAAGAAUCUUACUAUUAAGUUAACUUGUUUUUAAAAUAAUCAUAUAAUUGAUCCUCCCCAAACUGUUUGUUUUUUUUUUUUGUCAAUUAACUCUCUCCCUUUCUCUGUCUCUGCUUAAUGUAUUGGUUUAAAUUUAUUCUGUUGUAAGAUGCAUAGAUCUUCUUUACACAAACCUAAUUGCAAUCAUUGUAGACAUUUGGGAUUUGUUUACAAUGUAAAGCCACACUGGUUAUGUGGCUGGCGAGCUGUAUAAACUUAAAACUGAACUUUUAAUGGGGCUGGUCCAGGAUCUCCAUUAGCAGAUUACUCUUAAGAUAAGUAACUUAAAAAGAUUCUUUGUCAAGUAUAUGUGAAAAAGACAUUAUUAGUGUAACAAAAUAUAUUGUUUCAGGGGUUUGGGAGGAGGGAUUUAUUAUUUACUUUUAAUUGCUUGAAAUUGUGUGUAUAUGUAUAUCUGAUAAUGUAUUGCUCUUAGACAUCUAAAAUUAGAAAGUGUAUAAAUAUUAGAUGCAUCACUGUUCUGAUGUUGUUGCUGUUACAAACUAUUGAUAACACUAAGAAUGUAACCUGCAUUUUUCACUGAGCUUUCAAUUAAAGCCCAUUCAAAGAGAAACAAGUGAGCGUCCAGCAGAUGUCUUGUUUCAUGUCUGGUAUUAAAUUUCAAAUGCC